GGUACUGUAGCCUCUGCAGCUAAAGGAUACCACUAUCCGAGUGUUUGUGUAAGAGAUUCUCUCAGGGCAUAACUUGAACAUUUCUCUCACAUAUGGACAACCGUCCUCACAACUCUUUCUACAGAGUGGGAUAUAUCGUUUUUGAUUAAUGCGACUUGACCCGGUCGAUAGAUAAACAUGUAACGUUAGCCAUCAAUGAUACAAAGUAGCUAGGUCCGUGUUAGCUGUUAGCUUUUAUAGCCACCCAGGUUGUCUGUGAGCACAAAGGCCGGGUACGCUGCCCUGGCCUUUUAACAAUGUACCCCUCCUAUGGAAAUUUUGGCGGACCCCAGCCACAAAACUUUGGAGGUCCUGGACCCCGUAAGCAGCCUGGUGGCGGGCCUGCCGGUCAGUCGGCGGGGUUCGGCGGCUUCGAGCCUCCAUCCACCGGCUCGACGUUCUCCAGUCUGCAGGAGCAGCACCGCCAGCAGAUGCAGCAGCUCCAGAUGCUGCACCAGAAACAGCUCCAGUCUGUGUUACACCACGGCAGCAGUGCUAACUCGUACGGUGCUGGACACUUAAGUGGUUACUCGGGGACAUCGUGGCACCCAGACGGAGUAGGACAUUCAGACAGUGGGUUUGGAGCUCAGUCGUACAGUCAACAAGUCGAGCCUCCUGGUCAGCCCACCAGAGACCUCACUGCCCCUCAGCAGGCACACACACAGCCUCCCCCGCCUCCACCGCAAGUCAACGAGCCCCAGCCGGGUCCUCCCCCUCCAGAGCCCCCGUCAGUAAAGCCACCUGAGAACAAGUUGGCACCCAAAGAAGACAAGAAACAUACACCCGGCACAGACGACAAACCCUUACCUUUGCAGGACAAACAGCAACUUUGGUACAAACAACAUCUUCAAAAUCUUCAGAAGUUGAAAAAUGAGCGCGGCAAACAGAAUCAGAAAGACGGUAAUGGUCCAGUGCCGCCACCCCCAGAGCAAGCAGUUCCCCCUCCUCCUCCAUCAGAAUCAACAAAAGGCUUACCUCCUCCACCCCCUCCAAAAGAGGAGCCCCCAGCACCCCCUCCACCUCCUCAAGAGCCUGACGUCCCACGGGACCCAGAUGAGGCUGCGCGCCUCAACCAGCUACAGGCUGCAGCAGCGCAGUGGCAACAGGUGCAGCAGCAGAGAGCCAGUGUACAGUACCAGGCUUUGAUGACACAGCACGAAAAGCUUCAGCAUGUCUUGGAACAAUACCAACAGCUGCUUCAGCAACCUGCAAACAUACAGUCAAUGACCACAGAAAUGCAGCUGAGGCACUAUGAAAUGCAACAACAACAGUUCACGCCCUUAUUCCGAGACUGGAAUCACUCCUUCGUGCUUUGGCAUGAGCAGUUUCAAACCUAUCACCACAAAGACCAACUGCAGGACUAUGCAAAUCAAUGGAAGCAGUGGCAAGAGCAGAUGACUGCCACCAGUGCUCACCUUCAAGAAAGAGUGUCCACUCUCACCGCCAUGGUGCCAUUCGCCUCAAGCCAGUAUAGUAGUGGCAUGAUGGGACAGUAUGGCCAGUAUCCUGAACAAAACAUACAAAGCCAACAGCAGUCAGUAACACCGGUUAUGCAGCAUUCUCCUGGUGCUGUUGGUCCUGGAUCCCAAGGUCUAAGGCCCACUGGCUUUGUGCCAAAUUCAGAAUCACCUGCUGGACCCCCUAUAAGAGGAGGUGGCCCUGCAGGCUUAGUCAGACCCCCAGGCCCUGCAACCAUUCAGCCACCAGGCUUCAACAGCAUUAGAGGUCCACGUCCUACUGGUCCAAGUGGAAACAACCCUAGAUUUGACCAGCCCCAGCAAGGUUUUGAUGGUCCUCCAAGAUUUGGCCAGCCCCAGCAAGGUUUUGAUCGUCCUCCAAAAUUUGACCAGCCGCAGCAGCGGUUUGAUGGUCCCCCAAGGUUCGACCAGCCACCACCACGCUUUGAUGGUCCCCCGAGGUUCAACCCACCACAGCAGCGCUUUGAUGGUCCCCCAAGGUUCGACCAACCACCACCGCGCUUUGAUGCCCCCCCUCAAUUUGACCAACCAAGGCACCGUUUUGAUGGUCCUCCCAGAUUUGACCAUCCACGGCAACGCUUUGAUGGUCCCCCCAGAUUUGAUAAACCUCGAUUUGGGCAGCAGCCCAGAUUUGAACAAACCCUAAGGCACCCUGCUGCGCAGCCUCGAUUUGAACGCCCACCUGUGCCACUGCAAGUACAACAGCAAGCUCCCCAACCAAAAGCAGAACAAGCUACAAAACCAUCUGCCAGUAUGGAUGCUAAGACACCUGGAAAAUCAGUCGUGGAGCCACAGUCUGAAAUAGAAAAAAAUGAGUCUCCACCAGAGAAGAAAAUUAAAUCUGACGACUUGACAGAUGACAAUUUGUUUGGAACUGAGGGCUUUUUUGUCCAAGAUGACCCCAUUCCUCAGACAUUACAAACAAACACAAAGACUGAUGAAAUUGAUGGCAAUAAUGCCUCUAACAAUAGUGAAAAACCCAAACCUGUAAACAAUAAGCCUUCUGUUACUUCUCCCACUACUGUGGGAUCCAAGAAUACUGCUGCACAAAAUCAAGUCAAACCCGAUGGGCCCCCAACAGGCAAGAUCGCCCCACUUGUUCCAAAGCCCCCCGGAAUCCAAAAUGAUCCACAAGCGUCUGGCCAAAUGCAGUCAAGAUCAGAUCCUCCAAGGCCUCCUCUUGGUAGGGGAAGAGGCCAGCCCCCAGUACCUGUUCAAGCACACGGGAGAGGACGUGGGCAGAUGGGCUCUGGAGAUUUCAGGGGACCAAACACUGUACCACUUGGUGGGACGAUAGAAGAAGAUGACUCUUAUGACUACAUGCCACCUGAAGGGGACUUGGGAAUGCAAGAAGAGGAGGGAGAAUAUUACUGGCAAGAUCCAUAUGAGGAGUAUGGUGGUGGGGAGUCUGAGGUGCCUCCUGAAGAAAUGUGGAUGCCAGAGGAACAAUACUUCCCAACAGAGGAAGAAUAUUAUGAAGAGCCAAUUGCUGGACCCCCUAUGGGGAGAGGGGGGCCCUCAAUGAUGAGAGGGAGACCCGUUCCAGGUAGAGGGGGCCCACCUAUGGGCAGAGGAGGUCCUCCUAUGAGCAGAGGAGGUCCACCUAUGGGUAGAGGAGGUCCACCUAUGGGUAGAGGAGGUCCACCUAUGGGCAGAGGAGGUCCACCUAUGGGCAGAGGAGGUCCGCCUAUGGGCAGAGGAGGUCCGCCAAUGGGAAGAGGAGGUCCGCCAAUGGGAAGAGGAGGUCCGCCAAUGGGAAGAGGAGGUCCCCCUAUGGGUAGAGGAGGUCCGCCGAUGGGUAGAGGAGGGCCCCCUAUGGGUAGAGGAGGGCCGCCUAUGGGUAGAGGGGGUCCGCCUAUGGGUAGAGGUGGACCACCUAUGGGUAGAGGAGGUCCCCCCAUGGGUAGAGGAGGUCCCCCCAUGGGUAGAGGAGGUCCCCCCAUGGGUAGAGGAGGUCCUCCCAUGGGUAGAGGAGGACCACCCCCCAUGGGUAGAGGAGAGCCAAUGGACAGGCACUGGGAAGACCCUGAGUCAGUGGAGUACUCAGAAGAAGGGGACCCUUAUUGGGAAGAAAGGAGACCUCCAAUGAGAGGUAUGAGACCUCUGUUUCCACCUGGCCGGGGUCGUCCUCCACGAGGUCAUCCCGAUUUCAUGCACCAAGGACAUGGACACCCUCCUCACCAAGUACAUGGCCCAAUGGAUCAUGAGGCAUUAGGCUAUGAAAUGGACACUGAUAAUACCGAAAUGGAUCCAUCAGGGCACUCCAUGUAUCAUGGACAUGACCCUCAUAGCCAUUCAAUGCAUCCUGAUGUGGGAAGAGGCAGGCGUCAUAUGCCACCACCAUCUCAUGAAAUGAUGGAUCCUACAGAGGAGCAGCCAUUGUAUGAUGAAGAAAUGGAGAGAGAAUCGGGGUGGCAAGCACCACAUGGCAGAGUUCCUCCUCUGCCUCCACAUGAGAUGAUGGAUUCUGGAGGAGUGAGGAGGAGACCUAUGGGUCGAGGGAUGGGAAGAGACAUGUGGCGGCCUGGUCAAAUGCAUGAGAAAUAUGAAGAGGGAUAUAAAGAGGGUAUUGUUGAGGAUUAUGGUCAUGGGGAAGGUGGGUAUCGCUGGCGGCCACCACAGGACUAUCCCCCUGAUGACCAUCGGCUUGAGGCCAAGCACUAUGAGUCUGAAUGGGACAGAGAGCGUCCUCCUCCUGAGAGAGACUAUCCACCCCGCAUGCCACCACCAGAACCCCACAGAGAUGGCCAUUGGCCAGAGGAAAGAGAAAGAGAAAGAGGUCCUCCAUAUCCAUUUGAUGAGCGUGACAGGGGAAGAGGAGAACUUAGAAUCCGUGAAUAUGGAGAUGAGCCCCCGUACCGACAGGAAGAGCCACCAUACCCACCAUCACUUUCAGAAAGGGAUAGGCCCUCAAGACUUCCUCCACCACCAGAGAGAGGGUACCCUGCUGACUAUGAGGAUCGCAGAGCUCGCUAUGAAGAUCACAGGGAAGGACCUCCUCUGGAUAAACCUUCAGGUGCACCUGUCACUGAGAGCUCAGUUGACGGAAUGAGUGGAGCAAAUGUACUUGCUCUCUCUCAACAUCAACAUGAGAUCAUCUUGAAAGCUGCUCAAGAGCUGAAGCUUAUAAGGGAAUUGAAGGAGGGUAAAACACCUGGUACUGAACCUCAACCACCAACUGAUGUCUUGCCUGAUCUCCCUGCUGGUCUUCUUGGUUUGGAGAUCCCACCAGAUGUCAGGAAUGUCCUGAAGGGCAUGACUGCAGCUGCAAAGACUGUUUCAAAUGAGUCUGUGUCUUGGGAUGCCAAGCUUACUUCCAGAGAUUACCAGCAGCCUCUCUCUUCUGCACCCACACCUACGGUGAUUCCAAAGACUGUGGAUUAUGGACAUGGGCAUGAGCCUGGAGCCACAGUUGAGCGGAUAUCUUACGGUGAGAGAAUUGUGUUGAGGCCUGACCCAGUGCCUUCAGACAGGGGAUAUGAAAAAGAACAUCUUGGUCCCAGAGAUCCCUACAGCAGAGACCCAUAUUAUGACAGACGAUCAGACCCUUAUAUGGACCGCCGGGACUACAGUAGAGAGAGGGAAUUAUACAGGGAGAAGCUUCCACCCGAAUAUGACAGAGAAAGAUUUGAGAGACAGCGCUAUCCCCCAAGAGAGAGGGAUGAAAGCAUACAGUCCAUGGUUGAAGAAAGAUCUCCACAGGCAGCUUCUUUACGCUCAGGAUACAGGGAGAGAGAUCGGGAUCUUCGAGAGAAGGACCAAAGUGGCAGCCGUGAUCGAGAUGAACAUUAUGGAAGACCUGGCUACAAUAGACCGUCAUAUGAGCGCACUGGACUCGACCGCAGUGGAUCUGAGCGAUAUGGCCAUAGCUCCUCACCUUACGCGGACAGAAGAAGUUACCCAGAUGACCGAGGACCUCCCUCUGCACCACCCCUUCCACCUCCACCUCAGCCACCUCCCAGAGUCGAGAAAAAGCCAGAGAUCAAGAAUAUCGACGAUCUUCUCAAACUACCUGGCAGAUCGUCUCGGCCUGAAAGGAUUGUCAUCAUAAUGAGAGGGCUUCCAGGAAGUGGAAAAAGCCAUGUUGCAAAGCUCAUACGGGAUAAGGAAGUCGAUUGUGGUGGUACACCUCCAAGAGUUCUUGUUUUGGACGACUACUACAUGACAGAGGUUGAGAAAGUUGAGAAAGACCCAGACACAGGGAGAAGGGUCAAAACGAAGGUUCUUGAGUACGAGUAUGAGCCAGAGAUGGAGGAUACCUACCGCAGCAGCAUGCUUAAAACAUUUAAGAAAACUCUGGACGACGGCUUUUUCCCCUUUAUCAUUUUAGACACUAUUAAUGACAGGGUGAAACAUUUUGAUCAGUUCUGGAGCGCAGCCAAAACAAAAGGCUUUGAGGUGUACCUGGCUGAAAUCACUGCAGACACUCAGACUUGUGCAAAAAGAAAUGUCCAUGGGCGAACACUUAAGGAUAUAACAAAGAUGUCCAACAACUGGGAGUCUUCGCCACGUCACAUGGUGCGCUUAGAUGUCCGGUCCCUGCUUCAGGAUGCUGCUAUAGAAGAGGUUGAAAUGGAAGACUUCAAUCCCGACGAUGAACCCAAGGAACCUAAGGCUGAGGAGGAAGAAGAAGGUGAUCGGGGCUACAUUCCUAAAAGCAAAUGGGAGAUGGACACAUCUGAGGCAAAACUCGACAAAUUGGACGGUCUGAGGGGCAGUGGGAAAAGGAAACAUGGAGACAUGGCAGGAUUGGACGACUACCUUCAGCUGCCAGACGACUAUGCCACGCGCACAUCCGAACCAGGAAAGAAAAGGGUGCGAUGGGCUGAUCUUGAAGAGCAGAAAGAUGCAGAUAGAAAGCGCGCUAUCGGCUUCGUGGUGGGUCAAACGGACUGGGAGAGAAUAACGGACGAGAGCGGACAGCUGGCACAAAGAGCUCUCAACCGCACCAAGUAUUUCUAAGAAGAUAAUCUUAUCCCUCUUUUUUCCCCUUUGUUAAAAGGUGUCCAGAAUGUGAAAAGACUGAAGCUUACUUGAGUCAUCGAGCUGACAUCAUCUAUAGUUAUCAGAUUCUUAGUUAUUUUAUUGAUAAGGAUACAGUAUAUUUUUUUCUUAUUUUAAACACUGGUUACAUCAAUACAUUUGUAGUCUAUGAUUGCGUGCUGCAUGUAUCCUGUAUUUUCUACUGUUUCUUGCUAUUUGAUACUCUUCAUGCUUUCUGUACUCUAUCCAUGUAGCUCUGUUUCUUGAUCCAUGCAAAAAUAAAAUUUCACAAAACUGUC